UACAUUGUGCGAUCAUCGCUUUGUCCUUUACUUCUUAUAUACACGGAAAUCUGGAUUCUUCCACUCUAUUUUCACCUUGAAAACUACGAUCCAUAUGCUGUGCUCGCACAGGAUAGAAAAUGUCGACAGGGAGGAUAUGCAGUUCUUUUGGGAUUUAUGUAGUCGUCUUUCUUUUGGAUUGCUGCUGGCAUGUGGUGACUGGGCAGCUCUCUUACUCUGUAUCAGAGGAGGUAAACCCAGGGACUACUGUGGGAAAUCUCGCUAAAGAUCUAAAUCUUAACGUGCAUGACUUGAGGACGCGUAUGUUUCAGAUUGUUAGCGGAUCAAAGAUAAAUUAUUUCGAUAUAAAUUUGAAAACGGGUAGUCUCUAUGUCAGUGAAAGAAUCGACCGUGAGGAGCUUUGCGCAAAAGCUGCAAUAUGUACUGUUAGCGUAGAGGCCGUGAUCAACAAUCCACUGAAGCUUUAUCGUUUAGAUGUAAAUGUAGUCGAUAUUAAUGAUAAUGUGCCACAUUUUCCUGAGAAUUUGCAGUAUCUUAAUAUUGCGGAAAGUGCUGUGCCAGGGGGGAAAUUUGGAUUUAUAGGGGCAUCGGAUCUCGACGUUGGAAAGAAUGACGUUAGUUCAUACAAGUUGAGUCCAAAUGAUUACUUUUCUUUAGAGGUCCACAAAGGAAGGGAUAGUGUGUCUGCCGAGCUGGUGCUACAGAAAGCUCUAGACCGAGAAACACAACCUACUGUUAAUCUUACCGUGACUGCUGUCGACAGCGGAAACCCACCCAAGUCAGGAACAUUGCAAAUCAUUGUAAAUGUCUUAGACAUUAAUGACAAUGCUCCGGUUUUCAGUAGGGCUUUGUAUAAAACACAGAUUCAUGAAAAUCUACCAAUGGGUAAAACAAUUAUAUUUUUAAAUGCAACAGACGCAGAUGACGGAUUAAAUGCUGAAACUGAAUAUUCUUUUAGAAGUAAAGGUCAGGAUCAUGUUUUAAAUGUAUUUCAAAUAGACUCUAAAACGGGAGAGGACAGCUUCUCGGAUUUGAACCUGUAUCUGCUGAUCGCCAUUGUGUCGGUGUCCGUCAUCUUUCUGCUCAGCCUCAUCACUUUAAUAGCAGUCAGAUGCCACAGGACAGACGGCACUUUCAGCAGGUACAGCGCCCCGAUGAUCACCACCCACCCUGACGGGAGCUGGUCUUACUCUAAAGCUACUCAGCAGUAUGACGUGUGUUUCAGCUCAGACACGCUCAAGAGUGACGUAGUGGUUUUCCCCGCCUCGUUUCCACCUGUAGAUGGAGAACUGAUCAGUAUUAACGGAGGAGACACUUUUACUAGGACUCAGACUUUACCUAGCAAAGAGAAGGUAAGAAAUUAG